UGAUUCAUGCAGUGCUGAGCAAUAUACCGGUAUCAGUCAUCCAAUACUCUGCUGCAUGCUGCUAGAUGAUGUGGAAGCAGGCAUGGAGUUGAACACAGAUCAAGAAAUUGGAAGCAUGGAGUGUGAUGGGGUCAACCCCGUCCAAGACCCGGUUGAUGGACUGUUGGAGGACAUCACCAUCGAAGAACCAUCACAUCAUGAUGACCUCUAUAACAAAGCAAGCAUUCAAGACAUUCCGCUCCAUCAGGAAGAUCCAAGCAGUGCACAGAAUGGAUCAGCAAGCUCUGAAAGUUGCUGUAACCAUAGCGAAGAUGAAGAUGAUGAUAAAAUGCUGUGUAUCUUGCAAUUCAGCAAAAGCACUAACAUGGCAACAAAGAAUUGGCUCUUGUCCUUUCUAAAGGCUCCAGAGAAGGAGGGAGGAGGGGAACUCCUAGUCAGCACCAUCCAAACCAAGAACAACGGUGAUGGAGACAUUGUACUCCAGCUUGGAGCAACAAGGGAGAGGCUCCUUGAGGGAGCUGAGAAGAUCUGUAUCAGGAAGAAAUGCAAGGAUGGAUCCCUGAGGGAAUUCAGUAGGGGACAUCGGGAUCACUUUGACAGUGGAAAUAAAUGUUUCCUGACUACUUGCGAGAAACAGCGUGUAAUCUACUACCUCCUUACUAAUGUUCGAAGUUCAAAAGAAGAAGACAUUCCUGGUACCGAGACCAAAAAGCUAACCCUUCACCCAGAACAAAGAAUAGUGCCUAAGAUGAUGAACAGUGGACUUAUUGAUGGAAUCUAUCCCCUACACACCUUAUCUGAACUCAUAUCAUUAGAGAAUCAUUGGUAUAAUCAUUCCAAUUACUUCCAAGGUCAACCAAUAGAGAUGAUCAGGGACUACUUUGGAGAGAAGAUUGGCAUCUACUUCUCCUUUCUUGGAUUCUAUACCAAGGCUCUGUUUCUCCCCGCUGCCUUUGGACUCAUCUACUUUCUCCUGGAUACAUUUGUCGGCCAUCUCCCCCAUGGCUAUGCUAUCUUUGCCAUCUUCAAUCUCUUCUGGACCACCUUGUUCCUAGAGUUCUGGAAGAGGAAGUGCAGCUCAAAGGCUUUUCGAUGGGGAACCUACGGUAUGGUGAAAUUUGAGGAGCCAAGGGCGGAGUACCACGGACCGAUCGGCACCAACCCUGUGACCGGACGAAGAGAACCUCGCUACCCAGAGUCCAAACGUUUCUACAAGAAAUACUGUGUUUCAGCCCCAAUCAUCCUGGUCUUCCUCUGCCUUGCCUUUCUCAUGAUGUUAGGCUUCUUCUGGUUUGAAGAUUACCUCAAGACCAAAGUGGAUGUCAACACCACCGUCGGAGGCCUGGUGCUCCUACUGCCGAGUGUGCUCUAUGCUGUCGUCAUCAUCAUCGUCAACUCCUUCUACCGCAAGAUUGCAAGCUUUCUCAACGAUUGGGAAAACCAUCGUCUUCAGUCAGCUCAUGAAAACAACUUGAUUCUUAAACUCGUUGUGUUUGACUUUGCAAAUUGUUUCAUGUGCCUGUUCUUCAUUGCCUUCUACUUGCAAGAUAUGGUCAAACUACGCAAGUACCUAUCAACCCUACUCAUCAUCCAACAAUUCAUUGAACAAUUCCUUGAGACCGCUCUACCCUAUCUCAUCCUGAGGUUCUGGCGUGGUAGAAAGGAUGAUGAUGUUGCCAAGGCUAAGAAAGAUGAUGAUGCUCCUCGAGAGGGUGGAAAGAAAGAUGCGGCUCAGCUGGUAGCAGAACAGAGCAAGAUGGACCAUUAUCCAGGGACGUUUGAUGACUACCUUGAGCUGUUCCUGCAGUUUGGUUAUGUAUUCCUCUUCUCAGCUGUGUUCCCGUUGGCUGCUGUCUUUGCUCUACUUAACAAUGUGAUCGAGGUCCGCAGUGAUGCCUUCAAGCUCAGCAGAGUCUGUCAGAGACCGUUCGGACAGGCCGUAGCAGAUAUUGGUACAUGGCAGAUCACCUUUGAGAUAAUGAGUAUCAUAGCAGUCCUUACCAAUGUAGCAUUGAUGGCACUAUCACCCGAGAUCCAGUCUAUGUUUCCUGACAUGUCUACCACCAAAUACAUCCUCCUCUUUGUGAUUGUAGAGCACAUCUUUCUAGCCUUCAAGGCUGCCAUAGCUAUCUUAAUUCCUGAUCUACCUCAAUGGAUGGAGGUAGAGCUAGCCAAGGAGGAGUUUGAAUCUAGAAUAGCUCUUGCUGAGAGGAAAGCAGCAGAGUUGACCCGCCAGCUAUCCUUCAGCAUAGACAAGGAGAACGGAGGUAAUAUGAAGGCUGCCCUCUCUGAAGCCCAAGCAGUGCAGGCCAGUGAUGCUCACUGAUUGGUCAAAUGAAACCUACCAGAUUUGUUUCUUAUAUAGCUGACACAGUAUGGAGUAAAAGAGUUUUAUAUGACCUGUAUUAACAGAGUUACUAACGCAAGUUUGUGCUUUCAUGUGUAAAGCAUUUCAAUGAUUUAACAUAUGUAUAUUUAUUUAUAUUUUUCAUUAAUAUCAAUAAAAGUUGAAUGAGUAAUUGUAAGAAAGGGUUUUGUUAUUUUAUUAAAUAACACAAUAUUUGUGUCAACCUAGGGAAUGGAAUGUUCUUGUAAAUUAAAGUAUGUGUUUGAGAAACAUCCAAUACAAUCAGUUGAAAUUUUGAUCAGGGCCCAGCUUGUAUAACUUUGCAUUACCUCAAACACACGGCAUAAGGAGUUAGGGUUAAUCUCAAACUUGUGAAUGAACUGGAACAAUUGCAAGUGUUUAUACUUUAGGAUUUUGUAAUACUGAAAAAUCUUUAUUUUAAUCUGAACUCGAAUACAAUAUCGGAAGUGUAUUCUCACUAAAGCAUUAACUCCUGUACUUCAUCUCUUGAUUGUUAUGCAACUCUUUAUAUCAUUAUUAACACUCUCAACCGUGUCAAAUUGGACUGCAAGACACCUAUUACACUGCGCAAUAGAAGAACCAAUUUGUCUGUGUGUCUCCUAUACUCAGUAUGUUUAUAAUAAUAAUAGUCAGUUCUUGUAUAGCGCAUAAUACACUAUGAAUAACGUCUCUAUGCGCUUCCAAAAGACUUGGAUAUUAUUACCCCGGCUUUAGCUGGGCUACCUAGGCGCUCAAGCAUUCAAGGAAUUUCUUCCUACCGGGUACCCAUUCACCUCACCUAGGUCGAGUGCAGCACAAUGUGGAUAAAUUUCUUGCUGAAGGAAAUUACGCCAUGGCUGGGAUUCGAACCCAUGACCCUGUUUCAAAGUCAGAAGACUAAUCCACUGGGCCACAACGCUCCACAUACACAAAAUAUCAUAGGUCAUUGUCUUUUUUACAUAUCCACUCAAAUUGGUGAUUGCCAGAUUAUCAAUAACACACGCCAGCAUUGUUUCAUAGAAUAUUGAUAUUUCCUUCUGAUGAAAAUAUGAGGGCGAUAGUAUUUCAUAUCCUACAGUGCUUUCAUUCAAUAUAUCCUUUAUCUUGCCAAGGAACACAUUUUGUUUACAUGUUUUGUUCUAUGCAUAUCAUUUACACAUUGUAAUUUCAGGAAACACUGAAUUGUCAAAUGUUACUUUUACUCACAUUCUCGAAUGCAAUACUUUUCAAAAUUUAUUUAUAUUGAGUUUGUUUUCUUCCAUUAUUCAUGUUUUUCAGCAUUAUGAGUUUCUAAUUUACAUUUUCUUUGCAUUGAACCUUUGAAUGACCCACUAAUUUUAUUGGAGAGAACAAGUUCUGUACUGCAUUAACCCUGACAUUUUUCUGUUAAAGGUUCACACUGCAUUGUUUUAAAACUUCCUUUCAAGUCUCCUGCAAACUUUGGACCAAAUUUACAACAAUGCGGGUAUGCUGAUCCAAAAUUAUGCAAAUAUUGCCUGGCAAAUUUGAUAGAUGUGUGAAGGACCAACCAGACCAUUUUGGUUCACACAAAUAGAUCAUUUCAACACUUGCAAUUAUUAGUAAUAACAUACAUGUAUGAAAUUCUGCCAGAAAAUUAAUUUUGUAUAAAAACUUGAAGGAAAUUAUAGACUGUUAUUAGAGGCUUAGUUCAGUAUACAGGCUCAGUAGGCUGAAAACAUACUGAAAGAGGUGUAUAUCGUAAUAUUUAUGUUCAAAUGAUAUUUGUUAGUUUGUUUAUAGUUGCAAUUGUAACAGCAGAGGCUUGACAGAAGCGGAGAGGUUGUAUUCUGGUUUGCUAGUUUGUAAAGCAAAAAGAGGCCUAUUACUCUCAUUAAUGUCAAUUACUUAUACAAGGGGGCCUCAUGAUCAUAAUUCACAAGUGUUUGAAAUGCUCUCAGUACCAGUAUAUCAUAUAAAGCUAUGUUUGAAUGUAUUGAAAUAUACCUGUUUAUUAUUGUAUUAAUAGAAAGUAUUUGAAUUUCAGGAAGCAAAGGCAAUCACUACAGUGAGACCUGUGCCAGAUUUUAUAAAUGUUUUUCUAUGGGAACUUUUCAUGAUACCAAAAAAAGAGACAUCUAGAGCACCUGAUAGUGUGAAUGUGGAGCCAGAUUUAUAAACAUUAAGAAAUGUAUGUUUACCUUUAAUCAUUUCUGGCUUGAAAGGUGAAAUUGCACAAAAUAUUGUUUUCAACAGCAACAGUAAUAAAUUUUAUGUAUGUUCCUUUCUCCACUUCAUUGAACAAGCUUUUAAGUUAACAUUUUUCUACUUUCUACAUUGUAUUUUUCUUUUAGUUAGUGCCUUAUCUUUAUUCAUACAUAUAAACCUAUUCUUAUAAUUCUUAGAAUAAUUUCAAAUUUAGAAAGAUCUGAAAAUGCGUAUGGUAUUAUUUGUAGGAAUAGCAUCAUAACGAUGUGCUGGGUUAUUAAAAUUUUAACAGUAUGUAUUCAUUAACCCAUGAAUAUAACAAAAAUUUAUUUUCUUUAGAUCUUUAUUGGAAUAAAUACAAAGAAAGAUAAUA